GCGGCGGCGGCGCGGGACGCGUCACAUCCCCUUGACCCUCCAAUCACCUCGGGCUCCCAUUUGAUUGGAAGGCGGCAAAGGCUUUAAUCUCCCCCUCGGUGCAGCUGCUUUUGAAGUGAGUUUCCUCGCCAGAGCCCCGGCUGGACACGCAGCGGCUCACAUCGCAGAGCGCAGCGUCGGCGCGGGGCCGUGAGAGCGCAGCGCAGGGGAGCAGCCCGAGGCGGACACCGCGAGCCGCCCUGCACUCCCGCAGUCCAGCCGGCUCCUCCAGCCCGGCCACGGCUCCGCUGCGGGCCACCCAGGAUUACUCGCGUCUGGCUCCAGGCGCCGAGAAGGCGCGCUGGGCGCCCGUGGCCGCCGCGCCAGCUCCUCCUCCUCCCGCUGCUCCUGCUCCCCGGGCGAGCGCGCAGCCCGGAGCCCGCCCCGCGCCUCCCGGAGCCCUCCCCCCCGCUGCUCCCAUGCGCGCGGGUGGGUCAUGAGCACAGCGCCCUCGCUUUCUGCCCUAAGAAGCAGUAAGCACAGCGGCGGCGGCGGCGGCGGAGGAGGCGGCGCGGACCCUGCCUGGACCAGCGCGCUCUCUGGAAAUAGCUCCGGCCCCGGCCCAGGCUCGUCCCCGGCCGGCAGCACCAAGCCUUUUGUGCACGCCGUGCCUCCCUCUGACCCACUGCGCCAGGCCAACCGCCUGCCAAUCAAGGUGCUGAAGAUGCUGACGGCACGAACUGGCCACAUUUUGCACCCCGAGUACCUGCAGCCCCUGCCUUCCACGCCCGUCAGCCCCAUCGAGCUCGAUGCCAAGAAGAGCCCGCUGGCGCUGUUGGCGCAAACAUGUUCGCAGAUCGGGAAGCCCGACCCCUCGCCCUCCUCCAAACUCUCCUCGGUUGCCUCCAACGGGGGCAGCGCGGGCGGUGCCGGCGGCGGCGCCGCAGGCGACAAGGACACCAAAUCGGGCCCCCUCAAGCUGAGCGACAUCGGUGUGGAGGACAAGUCGAGUUUCAAGCCGUACUCCAAACCCGGCUCGGAUAAGAAGGAGCCGGGAGGCGGCGGUGGAGGCGGUGGCGGUGGCGGGGGCGGCGGCGGGGGUGUUUCGGCGGAGAAGUCGGGAUUCCGGGUACCGAGCGCCACCUGCCAGCCAUUCACGCCCAGGACAGGCAGCCCGAGCUCUAGCGCCUCGGCCUGCUCACCGGGAGGUAUGCUGCCCUCGGCCGGGGGUGCCCCGGAGGGCAAGGACGACAAGAAAGACACCGACGUGGGCGGCGGCGGCAAGGGCACCGGGGGCGCUUCGGCCGAAGGGGGACCCACGGGGCUGGCACACGGCCGGAUUAGCUGCGGCGGCGGGAUUAAUGUGGACGUGAACCAGCAUCCGGAUGGGGGCCCGGGGGGCAAGGCUUUGGGCUCAGACUGCGGUGGUUCAUCGGGCUCCAGCUCCGGCUCCGGCCCCAGCGCGCCAACCUCCUCCUCAGUGCUGGGCUCUGGGCUGGUGGCUCCCGUGUCACCCUACAAGCCGGGCCAGACAGUGUUCCCUCUGCCUCCCGCAGGCAUGACCUACCCAGGGAGCCUGGCCGGGGCCUACGCCGGCUACCCGCCCCAAUUCUUGCCACACGGCGUGGCACUCGACCCCACCAAGCCAGGCAGCCUAGUGGGGGCGCAGCUGGCGGCGGCCGCAGCCGGGUCUCUGGGCUGCAGUAAGCCGGCCGGCUCCAGCCCCUUGGCCGGAGCAUCUCCGCCGUCCGUGAUGACAGCCAGUUUGUGCCGGGACCCGUACUGCCUCAGCUACCACUGCGCUAGCCACCUGGCAGGGGCGGCGGCCGCCAGCGCUUCGUGCGCACAUGAUCCGGCCGCUGCGGCCGCGGCGCUGAAGUCCGGAUACCCCCUGGUGUACCCCACGCACCCGCUGCACGGUGUGCACUCCUCGCUAACGGCAGCCGCGGCUGCUGGCGCCACACCGCCCUCCCUGGCCGGCCACCCCCUGUACCCCUACGGCUUUAUGCUCCCUAACGACCCGCUCCCCCACAUCUGCAACUGGGUGUCGGCCAACGGGCCGUGCGACAAGCGCUUCGCCACGUCAGAAGAGCUGCUGAGCCACUUGCGGACCCAUACGGCAUUCCCCGGGACAGACAAACUGCUGUCGGGCUACCCCAGCUCGUCGUCUCUGGCCAGCGCCGCCGCGGCCGCCAUGGCUUGCCACAUGCACAUCCCCACCUCGGGCGCGCCGGGCAGCCCUGGGACGCUGGCGCUGCGCAGCCCCCACCACGCGCUGGGACUCAGCAGCCGCUACCACCCCUACUCCAAGAGCCCGCUUCCCACGCCCGGGGCCCCCGUGCCGGUGCCCGCCGCCACCGGACCCUACUACUCCCCCUACGCCCUCUACGGACAGAGACUGACCACCGCCUCGGCGCUGGGGUAUCAGUGAGGGCGGCCGGGAGGGCGAGCGAGGGAGAGGAAGGAGCUGGGGGGAGGGGAGGAGCCCAGGGAAGGGCGGGAUCACGGCCCAGGCUGCUGACACCCGCGCGUGGGGAGGACUCAGGCCACGAAAGGAAAUAAAUAUAUGCCGUAUCUACCCGACAGCAGCGACCGAGACCCGGUGGGACACUCCCCUUCUUCCCACUCUCACCUCCCCACCCAAACUUUAUAAAAGUUGAAAAAAUAUCGUUUGACUUUUUAUAGAAAAAGAAGGAAAAAAUAAUUGAGAAAGUGUUCAUCUGAGGACUGCAUCGGUGGGCACUGGUAUUUAUUUAUGUUAGCUCCAAGCGGACCCGUGGUUCAAAAGUGCAUUAUUUAGUUUGAGCUCUGUAGGUAAAAAGGAGGAGGGAAAAAAUUAAAAACUUGAGGGUAAAAAUGUGGAAAACAAACCCUCCCAUCCCUUGUAGAUUAUAAAUAAAAGCAAAACCGCCACAGAACUAGAGGUCUUCUCUUUAAUGUUACUUUAAAAUUGCUAUGAUUGUAUUGUACGUUAUUUAAUGUCUGAUUGAAACAAAUUUACAUGCAUGUUUGUUACAAAAAA